GCUUAUUCCCUCCAGCGGGAAAUCCCACGCCCCGUGCGCUGGGGAACUCGAGAGUGGACCCGCACCUCCGCUCGCAUUCACCCCGCAGUCUCUAAACCUCUAACUGAAGAGAGUACCCACCCAACUCCUCCCUCUCCGCCCCUCCUAGUUCGGCCAAUAAGCACAACUCUUCCAAAGAAAAAUUCCAGCGGAAGAGGACUCUUCUAAGGAAAAGAGACUGUCCUCGCAAAAGGAGCGAGAGCUCCCGGAGAGAAAGACGAGGAGCCCUGCCACCGGCACCAGCUUCCCAAGACCGCGCGAAGGAAAAGGGUACGGCGCCGGGCGAGGACAGGGUGCGCGGGCAUGAAGUUGGAGGUGUGCGGCCCCCGCGCGGCCCACGGGGACAAGCCGGGUAGUGACCUGGAGGGCGCGGGCGGCAGCGACGCGCCGUCUCCGCUGUCGGCGGCCGGAGACGACUCCCUGGGCUCAGACGGGGACUGUGCGGCCAACAGCCCGGCGGCGGGCGGCACCGCCAGGGAGCUGGCGGGCGGCGGCGAGCGGCGCUCGGGCGGCGGGCCAGACGCCGAAGAGCAGGGCCGGGCGGCGGCGGCGGGGGACGCGGACGCGGAGGCGGGGGCGGCGGGGCCCGGCGCGGGGAGCGCGGGGGGCGGCGAGGGCGCGCGCAGCAAGCCGUACACGCGGCGGCCCAAGCCCCCGUACUCGUACAUCGCGCUCAUCGCCAUGGCCAUCCGCGACUCGGCGGGCGGGCGCCUGACGCUGGCCGAGAUCAACGAGUACCUCAUGGGCAAGUUCCCCUUCUUCCGCGGCAGCUACACGGGCUGGCGCAACUCGGUGCGCCACAACCUCUCGCUCAACGACUGCUUCGUGAAGGUGCUGCGCGACCCCUCGCGGCCCUGGGGCAAGGACAACUACUGGAUGCUCAACCCCAACAGCGAGUACACGUUCGCCGACGGGGUCUUCCGCCGCCGCCGCAAGCGCCUCAGUCACCGGGCAGCGGGCCCCGCCCCGGGGCUUCGGCCCGAGGAGGUCGUGGUCCGCCCGGCCGCCGCGCCGCCGCCGCCGGCCCGCGCCGCCGCCCCGUCCUCGCCCGGCGCGCGCUCGCCCGCCCGCCCGGAGGGCCGCGCCAGCCCGGCGGGCAAAUUCUCCAGCCCCUUCGCCAUCGACAGCAUCCUCAGCAAGCCCUUCCGCAGCCGCCGCGACGGGGACGCGGCUGCUGGGGCGCGGAUGCCCUGGGGCGCCGCGCCCUGCCCGCCGCCGCCCGCGUACCCCGCGCUUCUCCGCGGCGCGCCCGGCGGCGCCCUGCUGCCCCUCUGCGCGUACGGCGCGGCCGAGCCCGCGCUGCUGGGCGCCCGUCGAGCGGAGGCAGCGCCCGCGGCGCCCGUGCCCCCGCCCGCGCCGCGCGUCCUGUUCGCACCCCUCUCCGCCUCGGCCCCAGCCAAGCCCGUCCGGGGCCCGGCGGCCGGCGGCGGCGCGCCCCUGUACUGCCCCCUGCGGCUGCCGGCGGCCCUGCAGGCGGCCGCCACCUGCGGCCCGGGCCGGCCCGUGAGCUACCCGGUGGAGACGCUCCUGGCCUGAGCGCCCCGCUGAGCCGGCGCGCAGGGCGCCUUCGGGGACGCGGCAGGGCAGGCGCGGGGCUUUGCACUUUCUAUCCAGAGGAAAAGAGACUUUAAAGGAAAAAUCUCCAUCAAACGUGCCUUAAAGCGAAAGCCUUUUUCACAGAGGUGUUUUAACUUAGUUCAGAACAUUUUCCUUCGUCUUUAUAACUUUACAGAGGACCAAAGUUCUUCAUCAGUCUUAGUUUCCUGACCAAGCCUGUCCCUUCCUCCCCUCACAAAGACUUGUCCUCUCUUCUUUCUGCCCAAGCUCUCCCUUAUUCCUGCAGUUUUUGUCGCACCUUCCUAUUUGUCCCUUAAAAAAAAAAAAGGAAAAAAGCACAUCGGGGAACCAUUCUUUAUAAUAAACGAUAUGACUACUGUUUGGGGUUCAUUGGGACCCGCUCCCUGUGUGUCUGUGGCAUUUACAGGGAUGGCUGAGGGUAAGAGGUGUCAGAGAACCCUCAGUCAUUUCUCUGCUAUUGACCAUUGCUUCACUGUGCCAAAAAAUUAAAAAACAUAUAUUGUUGGGUUUUGUAAUUAAAUUAUUUAUAUAUUUUUGAAACCUGGGUUGAAAAUGUUGCAGGCAACGGGCUACACCUUUAUUCGUGGUUCAGUGAUCUCUAACGGUGGUCUCCCUGUGCCAAGCCAUUUCUUUAAAGGAAAAGUUAACAUUAUGUAUGUGGGGUGCCAGGACACUGCCACAUGAAAGCAAGUGUAAUGUUUAUUUUUAAUAUUAUUUUAUUUGUGUCUGUGUACAUAUUCAUGUAUAAGUUUUAUGAAACCCAGGCAUAGCGCUUAUUUUUUAAUAAAACUCACAACUGACUUUA